UAACCUAUUUUUUUCAAUAGUUUCUUUCAACAACAAACAGAAACAGUCUCAAAGCUACGAUUUUUUUCUUCUUUUUCUUGUCCUGUGAGGUGUUCACCGCUGCCUGAUGCCACCGCUCUCCGCCGCAUUUGCCACCACUUCUUUCUUCCUCCAUCGCCGAUAGCUCUCUGCUCUCCGCCACCUACAGAGCUCUGCCGCCACUUGAAGCUUUCCACGUUCUGCCGUCUGCACCCUAUCUCCAGCCAUCACUUUCUCCCUGUUCUCCGCCGCCAACAGAACCUUAACACUAUCGAGGUCAGCAAGUCAAAAUAGAACAGAAUAAAAUAGAACGAGAAGGUUAACGAUCUUCGGCUAAAUGGGGGAUCGAGAAGAAGAAGAAGAAGGAAGAAGGAGAGUGGUGUUUGUGACAGUUGGAACGACUCGUUUUGAUGCUCUUGUGAGUGCAGUUGAUUCAGAAAAUGUCAGAAAAGUUUUGGCAGCUAAAGGCUAUACCCAUCUUCUCAUUCAAUUGGGUCGUGGAUCCUAUAUUCCUACUAAGUCAGAUGGAGAUGAUGGCUCGCUGGCUGUAGACUAUUUUACUUUUUCAUCAAGUAUUGCAGACUAUCUCAGAUCAGCUUCUCUUGUAAUCAGCCAUGCAGGAUCAGGUAGUAUAUUUGAGACAUUGAGGCUGUGUAAACCUUUAGUAGUGGUUGUGAAUGAGGAUUUGAUGGAUAAUCAUCAAAGUGAGCUUGCAGAAGAACUUGCAGAGAGAAAACAUCUCUACUAUGCUAGGCCUCAAAACCUCUAUCAAACAUUAGCAGAUAUGGAUUUAAAUACCCUCCUUCCCUACUCUCCAGGUGAUGCUACACCAGUGGCCAAGCACAUCAACAGAUUCCUUGGUUUUCCUGAUGAUUGAUUCAAAGCCUCUUUUUUCCCCUUUCUUUUUUUGGUUUUCAUGAGUGUAUCUGUGAGGGAGGGUAAUUGAUUUUGGUAAUACUUCUGUUUCUCCGUUGGUUUUAUUGGAGUGUUAUUGUUUUGUACUAGAUUUUUGUGUCAAAGAAAACAAUCAAACAUGUUGAUUCAUUGAACGAGCAAAAUACAUGAGCAAGGAUUACAAUCAAAACACAAACAUUAGUACAUUACACAGUUAUUUGGUGCUAAUUCUAGAAGAGUUUGUGUUGUAAACAUGGUAGUAUUUAUU